AUGCAUUUACCAAAAUAUGAAAACAAACCUUUCAAGCCACCAAGAAGAAUAGGCGCUACAGAAGCCGUCAUAAAAAGCUCUCCUGCAAAAGCUGUAGGCUUCAAGAGAACUCCAUCGUCCCAAGCUCCGCGUUCAGAACCUAAGAGACCAAAGACUCCAUAUGCUGCUGGCCCAGUUGAAGGAACAAGUGUAGCCUGCCAGAAGAUUUACACUUUGAUGCACCGGAAACCAACCAAUAAGAAGCAUAAAACUUGGAACGGCGAUGGAUACGCAAUUUCCAAAAGCCCAGACCGAUUUACAUUUUAUGAUGACUCUGGCAAGUUUAUAGGUGGCUCCUCUUAUGCUGGCGAGAAUGAGCUUACUGAGACCAUUUUCAGGGCAGGAGGCCUGGAGAUUCAACUAGACUACGAGAUCGUAUCCGCAGACGAACGUCGGGAAGCUAAAGUUGUUUUACAGCAAUCCAACAAUACCUCUAAGAUUAACGGGAGAAAUUCAGCCAAGAGUGAGGUUUCAGGUCAGAAAGGAUUGUCGCCGUCGCCUCCAAUCCCUAUACCUGAGCAGUUCGAGAAGAAAUCAAUGCCAAAAUUCAAGUCUGCAUUCAAACCCUCGAAGAUACUUACUCCAUUGUCCGGGCCACUCAAGAGUGUCAAACAAAAGUACUUGCCAGUCUUUGACAUUUCUAAAAUUGAGAGCCCCGUUCUUAUGAAUAAAUUCGCUGAAGCAGAUGUGGAUGUAGUAGUUGAUCCUCUAGUUGGCAAGAACUUACGCCCACACCAACGUGAGGGUGUGAAGUUUAUGUACGACUGUGUUUCUGGUUUAGCGAAGCCAACAGGCAAACCCCCGACAAUAGACCAGACUACAACCAGUCUGAUAUUAGAGCGGGACUCAGAUAUCAGCGGUUGUUUGCUAGCAGAUGAAAUGGGGUUGGGGAAGACACUGAUGACAAUAGCACUGAUCUGGACUUUACUAAAGCAAACUCCCAUGGCUUCGCAAGUACCGUGCUCACAAUCGGGCGUGCCACUGCAAGGGCUGUGCAGUAAAGUGCUUAUUGUGUGUCCUGUCACGUUGAUCGCUAAUUGGAAACGCGAAUUUGGAAAAUGGUUAAACCUCUCGAGAAUUGGUGUACUAACUCUGAGCCCAAGUAAUACAGCAGAGAAAGAUAAGUAUGAUGUUCGAAAUUUCCUCAAAGUCCAGCGAACGUAUCAAGUUCUAAUCAUCGGAUAUGAAAAACUAUUGACUGUUUCUAAUGAGCUUAAAUCAGGAAAGGACGCUCUCGACUUACUAGUUUGUGAUGAAGGCCAUCGGUUGAAGAACGGUGCAUCGAAAAUUCUCAACAUUCUGAAGUCACUUGAUAUAGGUAAAAAGGUGUUACUAUCAGGGACCCCAAUACAAAACGAUCUCAAUGAGUUUUAUACAGUGGUUGAUUUUAUUAAUCCCGGAAUAUUGGGAUCGUUCUCACAUUUCAAGAAGCGAUUUAUGAAUCCAAUCCUUCGCGCUCGAGAUCCUGCCAAUCGAUAUAAUGAACUGGCUGUUGAGAAGGGUGAAGAGAGAUCAAAAGAAAUGAUUGAAAUUACUCAGAGAUUCACGUUACGAAGAACAAACUCAAUUUUAGCCGAAUUUUUGCCGCCCAGGACGGAUAUGAUACUCUUUUGCAAACCCACAGAAGCUCAAGUUUCGGCAUUUAAAGACAUCUUGCAGGGUGCCCAAAUUGAUUUAAAAGGCCUGAAUGCCAACUCCUCAUUAUCCUUGAUAACGCUUCUCAAAAAGGUCUGCAAUUCUCCGUCUCUCAUCUCCAGUGAUUCAUUCUACCACUCGACCCUUGAGAAUUCAAAGAUAUCCGCAAAGUAUCAGCGUGCAUUGAAUUCGGGCAAACUCAAGGUACUCAUGGCAUUACUUGAACGCAUCAGAAAUGGUACUGAUGGUGAGAAAGUUGUCGUAGUCUCGAAUUACACUCAAACACUCGACAUCAUCGAAAACUUGAUGCGAUCGGCAGAUAUGAAAACCUGCCGCUUAGAUGGCUCAACACAAAGUAAGCGACGUGAUUCAAUUGUCACCUCGUUCAACAGAGAUCCGACCAUGUUUGCAUUUCUUCUAAGUGCAAAGUCUGGAGGUGUGGGCUUGAAUCUCAUAGGCGCGUCAAGAUUAAUUUUAUUUGACAACGACUGGAAUCCGUCAGUGGACUUACAGGCAAUGUCCCGGAUUCAUAGAGAUGGUCAAAAGAGGCCAUGCUACAUAUACCGCCUGAUUACUGCUGGUUGUAUCGAUGAAAAGAUUUUGCAAAGACAGCUUGCAAAACACAGUCUAAGUCAAAAAUUCCUGUGUGACAAUAAGGCAGAGAACGGUCAUGCCGAUGACGACUUGUUUAACAAAGAGGAUUUGAAGAAUCUCUUCACAGUAAUGACCGAUGUAUCAAGCAAUACGCAUGAUUUGAUAUGCUCCUGCGAAGGGGAAGGAGAAGAAAUUACCAUUGAAGAUCAAGAAACCAGAGACGUUACUCCGAGCCCUGUAACGGCAAAUAAGCUGGACUCCUGGCAAACAGCACUUGACGCUCAGCAGACUAUUGAAGAUUAUAAUGCUAAGAUAGAAAAAGUCCAAACAAAUCUCAUAAAGAAGUGCCUUGUGGGAUACAAGCACAUAAAUCCAAGAAAAGUUGAUGAUUUACUAGAUACUGUCGCGACUGAAGCUGUACGACGGCUUUCAAGUGAUGUAGUCUUUGUCUUUGUUAAGCCAGGCGAAUAA